AUGCCUAAAAUCUUCCUAACUGGCGCCACAGGCUAUAUCGGAGGCCAAGUGCUCCACACCUUAUCAACAACCCAUCCCGACUAUGAAGUCGCAGCGCUGGUCAGAGAUGAGACGAAAGCUGCAGCGGUAACAAAGGCCUACCCUAAGACCCGCAUUGUCCUUGGAGAUCUGGACCAAGUUGAUCUCAUCGAAACCGAAGCCAAGAAGGCCAAUGUCGUCGUCCAUGCCGCUAGCAACAAACACUUGGAAAGCGUGAAAGCAAUUUCGCGAGCAUUCGAAGGACGCCAGGAUGCAUACUACAUCCAAGUCACAGGUGCCAGCGUCCUCGCCGGCCCCGAGAUCGAUUCCAACACAUACGGCGAACCCUCAGAUAAAAUCUUCGACGACCUAGACAACAUUGGCGACCUUCGAAAAAUCAUCCGCGAUUACCGGAACCGACGGGUUGUGGAUAACUUCAUCCUUGAUCUUGGUGAUAAUGGUCCCAAGACGGCGAUUAUCUUCCCGCCUAUUAUCUUUGGACGGGGUGAAGGACCGGUCAACAGGCGCAGUGUACAGGUCCCUGCUAUCUCCAGGGCGACCCUGAAGCAGAAGUCUGGUUUGUAUCUUGGUAAGGGUUUGAGUCGUUGGGGGGCUAUCCAUAUUGCGGACCUGGGACAGUUAUUUGUGAGGCUCGUUGAGGCGGGCAUUACGAGUUCUGCAGCGGCCGUGUGGAAUGAGAACGGAUUGUUCUUUGCAGAGAAUGGGUUUGAGGCGUUCAAGGAUAUCGGAGAGCAGGUGGCCAAGGCGGCGCACAAUUUUGGGUAUAUUCCGUCUAGCGAGGCUCAUUCGAUCAGCCUAGAGGACUCAAAUUCCGUCAUUAAUGGCGGCGCGGUGUUCCUGGGCUCGAACGGUCAGGGUCGGGCCUUGCGGUCUCGGAAGCUCUUGGGCUGGGAGCCGACGAAGGGGAAGUUGGAACAGUAUAUCCAAGAGACUGUCGCAGACGAGGCGGCACUUCUGUGA